AUGGUGAAAGCCAACAGUGAAAUGGUUGAGCAACUGUUUUCCCCUCACCCCUCUCCUCUCACAUAUGUCAUCUCCUCCCUCUCUUUCGUUUACACAGACGUGUUAGCAAUCCAGGUGAAUGUACCCAAGACAGAGAGAAGCACAGCUCUCUUUUCUUCGGUCACCUUGCUUUGUGACUACACCACCUCAGCCAAUCUGCAGGACGUGUUGGUAACAUGGCGUUUCAAGUCUUUCUGCCAGGACCCUGUGCUGGAAUAUUACUCAACAGCAUACCAGGCAGCAAUCCAACUGGGUCAGGAUCCAUCUAAUGACUGUCCGGACCGCCAGCGCAAAGUUCGAGUUGUCGCCCAGAAGAGGGGUAGCAAUGAGCCUAUACUGGGUUCAGAGUAUCGCGAGCGCAAGAUCUCCAUCCAGAACAAAGCUGAUCUGGUCCUUAAUGAGGUGAUGUGGUGGGACCACGGAGUCUACUUUUGUUCCGUUGAUGCCGCAGGGGACACCAGUGGAAGCGACGCUGACAAAGAGAUCAAACUCAUUGUUUAUCACUGGUUGACUGUGCUCUUCAUCGUCCUGGGUGCCUUUCUUCUCCUCAUCCUCCUGUGUGUGUGCUGCUGUCAGUGUUGCCCUCAGCACUGCUGCUGUUAUGUGCGCUGCCCAUGCUGCCCCAAGCAAUGCUGCUGUCCAGAGAAAGUUGUAAUGCAGCACCGGAUGAUGAAAGACGCUCAGAAGGCGAUGUCUCCUUGGAUGAAUGGUGGCCAACCUAUGUACGCUCCCAUAAGCUCACCUAGCCCCUACCAGAUGAACCCCAUGCUCUACGCAGGCUCCCACCAGACACCCAUGCCCCUCCCCCCACCCCAGCCUUUCCAACCAACCCGUGGUCUGGGAAAUGGCAGUGUAGCUGUUGACAGUGCCCACAGCACAAAUCAGGUGCUGAAUUACUUGGAGAGCCAGGUGCAUGGAAUGGAUGCGACCAGCCCUCUGAUACAGCACCAGUCCUCUGUCCCCCGUCACCAAAUGCCCCCUCCACCCCAGCAGAUGCCCAGAAAUGUGCCUUUCUCUGCUGGACCUCCCAGCAUGCUGUCUGCCCUGGAUGACGGCCCGCCAGCCCACAGACCCCCACGGCCCCAUGACCACUACAACAGUUCCUCUGGCAACCAUGGGGAUCGUCCACACUACCCCAUGAGCCGCAGCUACAGCCAGGAAGACGUACUGAGUGAUGGUGGCAGGAGGGGCAAUCCCAAUGAGCGGGCUGGAUAUCGCCCAAGAUCCCGUUCUCGUGAUGAUCUCUUUAGGAGUGAUCCGCGACACAGCCCUCCGAGACAGGACAGGAGGUACUCGCCUCCCCAAGCUGGCAGACGUGGGUCAUGGAGCUCCGCCAAUGACCAGGAGAGCAGGAGGGGAGGUGCAAGAGGAGGUGGCUGGGAAAAUCCCCCUACUUACAGCGAGUAUGAGCCAGGCCAGAAGCCAGCCAAACGCUAUGACCGCUACUCGGACAAGAGCUCUCGCACUGGUACCAGCAUAGUGAUCUGAUAUGGGACUGUUCAGCUCAUGUAUUUAAGUCACAGACUCUCUGCCACAUGCAGAUCCAGCCAAAGAUAUCUUCCUCGUAUUCAGCUUUAUGAAGAAAGCCAGAAGUACACAGCUGAGGGCUGAAAUAUAAAGGGUCAACUUUUUGUAUCUCCUCCUUCUACCAAGGCACUAUAUUGUUUUUUUUGUGUUUUUACAAAUCAGUUUGUCUGUUUGUGCAUCUUGUUUUGUAACAUAUUUUAGGAAAUGCGUGCACCUUCAUUUUGGGGAUACCUGUAAAUAGCAUUAAUUGCUUUUUUAAUUACAUUUUUUAACAUCUGACCGGUGUUCUCAGACCUCAGAUGCUUGAUGAAAUGAUGAUGAUAAUAAUAAGCUUUAUUUGUUUCCAAAUGUAUCAUAAUGUUGACAGAGCUUAGUUUAUGUCACAACUGUUUGGUGAUGGGUUAACUAAUUGUCAUGGCUAAUAUUGAUGCAAAAAUAUUCUUCAAUAAAAAGAAGAAAAAAGGCAUUGAAUGGGCUUGAUCUCAAUAGGCAUACUUAUGGGUAAAGCCAUCCUGAGAUAAUGAAAGAAACCAGAGCCUUUUAUUCACAGUGUCUUACACAAUAAUAUUAGAUUAGCAAUUAGCAAC